CUCCACCCCCCCGACCCGGGGGAAAGGCAGAAUCCCCGGCGGCACCCCUGCCGAAAAACAGCCGGGACGCCCGCAGCCAGCCGUGGAGAAAGGACAGGAACCCAGGAGGAACGACGAAACUCACACCUCCAGCUUCACCUGAGGAAGGGGGGAGGAGGGGAAGGGGGGAGCGACAAGAAGAAGGUCUUUUCCCCAAGCCGGCCCUGACUAGAGGAGCCUGGAUGAACGAGUGGAUCGUUCCCGACAUUGGUGUGGUGGGGCCGCUACAGAUCCCCAGCAGCGAUGGCUUCCCUCUGUCGGAGAGCUCCUACUUUGAUUUGCUGGCGGAUCAGGGUAGCCCGCUGCUCCAAGACCAGGAGGACCUGGCCUUCGCCAGCUAUCCCACAAUGCAGUACUCGCCCAUGGAGGCGCCCAUGGCCUCUCCGGCCUUCCUCUCCGGUCAGAGUUAUUACCCAGCGUGCAGCGAGGACUGGUACCCCUCCGGCGGGCUGUAUGAACUGAGAAAGGUGCCCACGGAGAGCGGCUACGUCCAGGCCCACGUCCAGCCCGCCCCCCUGCCCACGGGCAAGAGGCCCCGGCAGGGCUCACACCCCGGCCGGGUGAAGGGCGAUGAGCUGUGUGUGGUGUGCGGGGACAAGGCCUCCGGGUACCACUACAACGCUCUGACCUGCGAGGGCUGCAAAGGUUUUUUCCGGAGGAGCAUCACGAAGAACGCCGUGUACAAGUGCAAGAGCGGGGGCAGCUGUGAGAUGGACAUGUACAUGCGCAGGAAGUGCCAGGAGUGCCGGCUCAGGAAGUGCAAGGAAAUGGGCAUGCUGGCAGAGUGUUUGCUGACGGAAAUCCAGUGCAAGUCCAAGCGACUGCGGAAGAACACCAAGGCGUCUCCGGAAGAGUCCGUGGAGGAGGAGCCGGAGGUGUGCGACGGAGGAGACGCAAAACAGGUCACCUCCACCACUCCGCUCACAAAGGAGAAAGUUGAAUUCAGUCAAGACCAGCUCAGCCUAUUGAACUAUAUUCUAGACGCUUACAACAAACACCGCAUUCCGCCAGACAUGGCCAAACAACUUCUUCAAGAGACGUUCAGCGAAGAGGAGAAUUUCCUCUUACUGACAGAGAUGGCCACCAGCCACGUACAGGUUCUGGUGGAGUUCACCAAAAACAUUCCAGGAUUCCAGGCCUUGGACCACGAGGACCAGAUCGCCCUGCUGAAAGGCUCGGCGGUGGAGGCCAUGUUCCUGCGGUCAGCGCAGGUGUUCACCAAGAAGCUUCCCCACGGUCACACCGACGUUCUCGAAGACCGGAUACGGAAGAGCGGCAUAUCGGAGGAGUACAUCACGCCCAUGUUUAAUUUCUACAAGAGCAUCGGAGAGCUGCAGAUGAUGCAGGAAGAGCACGCCCUGCUGACCGCCGUGACCAUUCUGUCGCCAGACCGGCCGUUCGUGCGGGACCAGGUGGCCGUGGAGCGGCUCCAGGAGCCCGUUCUGGAGGUCCUGAGGAAGUUCUGCCGGGUGCGGCACCCGCGCGAGCCCCAGCACUUCGCCCGGCUGCUGGGCCGCCUGACGGAGCUCCGCACGCUCAACCACCACCACGCCGAGAUGCUGCUGUCCUGGCGCACCAGCGAGCACAAGUUCACCCCGCUGCUCUGCGAGAUUUGGGACGUGCAGUGAACUUCCUGUCUCCACCCGGCCGCCCUCUCGCCCCGCCGAAAAAUUAUCUUUGUUCUCUUUUGACUGGCAAAAAAAAAAAAACCAGCUCACAUUACAAACGCACAACAACCACUGCUGUCCUGGCUUAAAUGUAUUUGAAUCUGCAUGUGGUUUUUUUUUCUCCCGGUUUACGUGUCGGACGUGACUCUCGUCGUGUCUGUUCGGGUGUCUCGGCUGUGACGAUUGAUGACAAAAAGU